AGUCUUGGCAGUCGUGGCAGUCCUGGCUUCUGUCUCUCGCGUAAUCGUCCGAUCGUUCGUAUUGGCAAUUGCAUUUUUUUUCUUUUCUUUUUCUUCUUUUUCUUCUUCUUUUCUUUUUCUUUUUCAAGUCGCGUUCAUUACAUUCGAGUAAUAAUACGUAAUCGUAAGAGCGAGUUUCUUUCCAUUUUACCCGAGACAACAUUUUCCUAGAAAAUUACGCAAGUCGACGUUCGUUAAAUUACCAAAGAAAAAUGACAUCGACUCGAAUAUUUCAAGUUGUGAAAAUUACUGAAAAAUCCAAAAUACUCAGACUCUGAAAUGUCUCGAGUUUGCGCAAUGGAAAAGGGAAAUGCAAAGGUUAGAUUAGUCGAUUGGUUCUUCGGUCGGAGCAGGAUAGCCACAGCCACGGCCGCGGCUACGAUCGCGCUCGUGCUAGCUUCUUCUGGUUUCCUCGAAGAAAAGAAUCCAAGAAAGAAAAAGAAAUAAAAGAAGGAAGAAACGAAGGGAAGAAAGAACGUAUCGUCGUCGUUUGCGCACGAAAAAUCAAUGUAUUUCAGAUCGCGGCACAGAGAAAUUGAUUAAACUACGUACACUUGCUUGCUGAUCUUUUAUGUAAACGAUACGCAGCAACGUACGCGUGUAUAGCUGUGCAUGUAGGUAAAAUAUACAACGAUGUGGCAGCAUAUCGGCAAACUCUUAAGAAUCCUUUACGAACGAAUCGAUCGAGCAGAAACCGUUUUUCUACGAAUGAAGAAUAUUUCGGUGAUGACCAAUCAAAUUCUAUUCCUGAAAAUGGCCGAUUUAUUGUUGCUAACCAAACCCGAAAUGACGUGUCUCUACACGUUGAUGUUUUAUAACGUGAUCACUUACUGUGUCAGCUACAUUAAGGAAUUGAUCGAGAAAGAAGAUUGGUCGCCGUAUAUUACUCUUACCGAGAGAUCAAAGAUUAAACAUUUAGCUAUGUCUGCUACGAAAAUAGUAUUAGAAUGGACCAAAGCUGUUACAUUCGUCGUAACAUUAACGUUCGUGCUCCUCGUGUUUGGUCUGGAACAGGGUCUUCGUAAUUACAGGCCGUCGACGUUUUACACCGUGAUUACGUGGAUUUAUUAUUCAGCGACAGAAAAAGUCUUCGCCGAUAUGUUUCCGUCGAUUUUCAAAUUCUUUCGUGUCGAAGUUUUCGAGAACAUGGAAGAACUUUACGCCCCGGUAAUAUUAAGGUCGUUUGCCAUCGUCGCCUCUCUAUUCCAUAUAUUAUUCCUUCUGCCGACGACGAUAUCCUGGAGAUUUCUGAUAGUUGCGAGCUACGCGAAUAUUUAUCUACGAUCGAAGGAGCUCUUGCAAACGUUUGCACCUCUGCUACAACGUGAACAGCAAUUUCUAAAUUACUAUAGAAAAGCGACACCCGACGAAAUUCUUCGUUUCGACGAUGUAUGCGCAGUGUGUCUCUGUAAUAUGAUCAAAGCGAGGAUAACACCUUGUAAUCAUCUCUUUCACAUCGGCUGUUUACGUCGAUGUCUCAAGAUCAGCGAUACCUGUCCUCUGUGCAAAAGAAAACUAAAACUCGAAUACACAUCGAUGAUCGGUCAUCCUCCUAUCGGAGAUUGACUAAACGCGAUCAAGGAUCGCGCGACUUAUCCACAUUAUAUUUUCUCCUCGUAUUCUUCGUGAUACAUUUCUAUUUCAAAAUCGCUCUUUCUAUAUUAUCGUUGGAGAAAUUUAUUCUUCGAUGAUUAUAUAUAUAUAUAUAUAUAUAUUCUGUAUGAAAAGUAAACAAACAAACCAGACACAGACUAAUUACGGGUUUUUCAUGUAGCCAGGUUUUCUCUGUAAUAAGUACACGCAUAAAACACAUGUUUCUUUUUGCAUUUCACAAUAUUCUUUAUUCGUAAUACCGAUGUCACUCUUCAUUUAUCACCGAUUCGAUUCGAUUCGGGUUCUCCCUCAUAUUUCAUAGUAGUAUCCGCAUAUACACCAUCCGGACUCUCAUAAUUUCGUAUCGAUGGAGUAUUCACCGGUCCGCAUGCUCUGUACGGUAGAAACGAUUCGUCGAACUGAAAACAAAGUAGAAUCAUUUUAUAGCAAUUUCUAACAAGGAUCAAAUUCAGUUUCUCUCGACGAUUCGAUACUAUAAUACUUAAGCGACGUUUACUUCUAUCGCUUUCUCGUAAAGAUACUCGGACACGAUUCUCAAUUCUAUCAAAGCUCUUUCCUGAGAAACCAUCAUAGAUUGUAUAGCGUACGUAUCCUUCAACCACUGAUCUUGUUUGUAUCUUGUCCAUUCCUUUUCCAAUAACGAUCUUUUCUCCAAUUCUUCGGGAGAUAACGUCGUCGGUGUACGGUACCGUUCCCUGUAACAAACAUGUAACGACACAAAAUUACGCGAGCAACAGAUAGUAGCAAUAUUUGUAACAGAUACCUUACUCUUUUUGCUUGGCUAACUCGAUCGAUGAUUCGACCUCAAAAAUUGGUUUCAGUUGUUUGGCGUGUUUUUCCAAACGUCUAAUUUGCUUUUCCAGCUUUCUUUUCUUCCUCUCUUCUCUGGCUCUAAUGAUAGCAGGAUCCAGUUUCCUUUUCUUCUUUAUCGGUAAACCCCUGCCAAAGAAAUUCAUGCAAAGAAAUUGACGAGCAACGCUUUACGGACCAAUUUUCUGAAUAGAAACCAUUCGAGCACUUACGAUAGUACAUCGGUCACUUGAAAAUAUAGUGGAUACGUGCACGUAGAAAUAUUACGUGGAUCAACGAUCGACAACGAACGCAUAGAUAGUCUGCAACAAUGAAUCAUUGUAAUUUCGAUAGUCAAAAUAUCAGAUAACUAAUUGAAAGCAUUAUUUGUUAAUUAUUCAUUAUUAAGUAUUACCUAGAAAAAGCAUUUACCACAGGUAGGACACUUAUCAUUUCAAUGAAAUUCUUUCGAUUACUCGUAAUAUCAAUGACGGGGACACCUUAACCAGAUGUCCUUCUAUUAUGUAUGUAUAACUUACGUUUACAAUCUAUUCAUAACCUGUAUGUUUUCCACUGUUAAUCGUAAACAUGAAGGCUUAUGUUCGAUACACUUCAAAAUUAAUUACGAGCGAUGAACUUAACGGAACGUUUUACACAAACAUAUUAACGAAUAUAUCGGAUACUAGAUUGUAAAUUUUGUUAACAGUGUACACGAUAUUCCGUGGCACGAUACUAUUCCGGCAUGUAUAUACGUAUGCAUUUUUCUAUACAUGUAUGUACGUACAUUUGUACGUGCGCAUAUGCAUUACGUAAGAAUAAUCGCGAAAUUUUCUUAAAACUAUAAACUGUUAAAAUGUUAUUUUCAUAUUGUGUAAACCGCGCAACAAUUAAUAAAUAAACUUGUAUUAGAUUUUCUGA